AUGGGUCCUCGUGGCGCAGGACGGCGUCUGAACGACCAAGAGCGCAUGGAGAUCCUCGAGAUCAUCCAGCGCGAAGCCAAAGUGAAGAACGUGGACCUCGCCAAGCGCUACGGCGUGUCGGAAGGCGCGAUCCGGAAGCUCAAGCAGAUGCAAGACACGGUCCGCAAUCGCUAUUACAUGGGCAACGAGCACAACCGCGACAAGCGCAAGCGCGGCGGCUUCCAGCGCAACGCGCCGUUUGAAGAGGAGCUCUACCAGUGGAUCGUGCGCAUGCGCGAGUCGCAGCCGUACCAGCUCAUGCCGCUCACGCAGACGGCAGUGCGUCAGCAGGCCAUCGUCUUGGCCAAGAACUAUGACAAGAUGGCCGAUUUCAAGGCCUCUCCUGGUUGGUUUGCGCGCUUCUGUUCGCGCCAUCGACUGGAUCCAAUUGUGACCAAUGGGGACGCUGCUGCGGCGGCGGCGGCGGCUGCUGCUAGUGUACAAGUGGCUGGAGACAGCAAUGGGACGCUGGUCGCGGACAGCGUGUCGCCAGGGGUGGCUGUAUCUGCUGCAGUGGUACCGUCAACGACGACGGCAGAUGAUUCGGUUUACUUGCUGGAGGCACUCACAGAAUCGUCGCCUGUGACGACGUCGCAGACGAUGGAGAUGGAGAGCGCAGCGACUGCUGCGGUCUUGGGAGGAGCAUCGGACGCAGAGCAAGGGAGCAAAACAGGAACGCCGUCGAUCAAUGAACAGGUGCAGCAAGCUGCUCGCGAGCAUAACGAAGCGGCUUUGCGAGCUGCCGUGGCCAAGAUUGGCGAGGCUCAAGUGUCGGUGGAGACUAUCAAGUCGAAAGAGGAGGAGGAAAAGGUGGACGUCAAGAUUGAGGUAGAGGGCGAGACAGAAGAAGAAGGAGGGACGGAAGGAAGCAAGGACAGCGACGAGAUGUUUAGUCUUGGACUAUAG